CAGUCAGCCUAUAUAAGCAGCACAAAGUUUCCUCAGACCAAACAAGACAGAAAGUCAUCCAGACAGACGGAAAGAGCGCAAAGUCUCUUCUGCGUAAAAAGCGCCAAGACAGUUCCAGACAUGGAGAGGUCCGUUAGGUUUGCCGUGGUGUGCGUCGGAGUGUCUCUGCUCAUUUCAUGCCCACCAGCAGAAGCCUGGUACAAGCAGUCCACCGGGCCCAGCUACUACUCAGUGGGCAGAGCCUCCGGUUUGCUGUCCGGUAUCAGGAGGUCGCCCUACGUCCGGAGGGCAGAGUCCGAGGAAACUCUGAUGGACAGCGGGGAGACGACAGGUAACAACAACGUGCUUCCAGAGACUAACAGGGAGAUCUCCAUUCUCAAAAGCCUGGCCAUCUGCGUAAGAGACAUCUCUCCAAACCUAAAGAGCUGCGAGCUGCUGCGAGACGGGACGGGCACCUUCAAGUGCCAAGCGGACGUCUACCUCACCCUGGACUCCCUGGACUGCCUGUCUGCGUGAGCCCCGGGAGUGCCUCUCUGGGAACGACACAU